GACACUCCCUAAUUGCAUCGCGAAUCUGUCAUCUUCAUCUGACGUGUGCCUCUACUGUAAUCGGAGUUUUAUUUUCAAAUUUACCAAAAUCGCCUUGAAUUUUUAAAAAUUUCAAAUUGAUCUCAAUUUUUGAGCUGUAAAAAUGAAAAUAACGGUGAAUUGGCUACUUUCGGUGCUUUUUGCGACACUUUUGCCGGGCAUUCUCUGUUUGCAGAAGGAGAUGACCAUAAUCAUUGCUCCCGGGGGGAAGGAUUGCUUCCACGAAAAUGGCCUCGCUGGUCAGAUGGUGGAUCUGGAGUAUCAGGUUAUUGACGGGUCGCACGGCGAUUUGGACAUCAGCUUUGAUUUGACGGACUCGUCCGGGCGGUUGAUAUUUGCCGAUUACAAAAAGUCCGACAACAUCCACCGGUACAAGCUGCCCCAGGACACGGAACUGACGUUCUGCUUCAACAACGAGUUCAGCCGGAUGAACAGCAAGACGGUCUUUUUCGAAAUUAUAAUCGAACGCGAAGACGAGGACGCCGGAUGGAGCAAUUUCGACAUCCUUGAAGGGCUUAGCCCAGAGGAAUUUUACGACAUGAAGGUGCAGGACAUUGAGGAUAUUAUAAAGCGCGUUCGCAACAAUCUGACCAAGGCGCGCCAGUUCCAGGACAUGCUGCGGUCGCACGAGGCCCGCGAUCGAAACAUGGCCGAGGAAAACUACUUCAAGGUGAACGCGUGGUCCUUUUUCCAGAUCAUCAUAAUGCUCGGCGUUGGCUUCUGCCAGGUCGUGAUGGUGAAAAGCCUCUUCGACACGGAAUCAAAAGCGCACAAACUGUGGAGCAAAAUGUAAGUUGGUCUUUACUUCCCGGCCGAAUCUCACCGAGUUUUUUGCUACUCCUCUUCUUCCGAAAAACAAUCGGUUUUAAUUCUGCUCUCUGUCUCAGUCAUAUUUAACUUUUCCUGCUAGAAAAAAAAACAAACACUUUUCCCAGUAAAUUUAAAAUGUGCCAUUGAAUAACACAAAAAACGGUACGUUAAACGAACUCAUAGCGCAAAGGAUCUUGUCCAAAUACCAAAGUUUUUAGCAGGUGAGCAAUUCUCUACCAAAACCGGAAAUGGAUUUUAUUUGUAUUUUUUGAUUUGGCUCAAACUUUGUGGGGGCCUUCCCUAUGACCAAAGAAGCCAUUUUGCAUCAUUAGUUUGUCCAUAUAAAUUUCCAUACAAAUUUGGCAGCUGUUCAUACAAAAAUGGUACGUAAAUAUUCGAAAAUCUGUAACUUUUGAAGGAAUUUUUUGAUCAAUUUGGUGUCUUCGGCAAAGUUGUAGGUAUUGUUAAGGACUAUUUAGAAAAAAAUAGGUACACGGAAAAAAAAAUUUCCCGAUUUUUUUAUUAACUUUUUUUUCACAAAAACUAAAAUUCCCAAAAUACGUAUUUUUUGAUUUUCGAGAUUUUUUGAUAUGUUUUAGGGAACUAAAAUCCGCAACUUUUGAGCUAUAGAGAAACAUGGUCAAAAAAUCUGCCGCCGAGUUAUGAUUUUUUGAAAAACUGGAGAUUUUUGGAAAAAAUCGAAAUUUCAUACAUAAAAUUUUUUUGACCUCAUUUUUUUAUGCAAAAUUGAAUUUGCAAUCGAAAAUUACUUUACAGAUUUUUUGAUAAAGAGCCCCGUUUUCAAGAUAUAGCCACCGAAAGUUUGAUUUCAGCGAAAUAUUUGCAGUUUUUCGAUUUUUAAAAGUAGUGACCAUGAGUGACCAUCCCUAAAAAUAUUUUUUUUUUAAAAGUUCAGAAAAUUUUCUAUAAAAUUGUCUAAGAGACAUCGAAGAUUGGACCUCUGGUUGUUGAGAUACAGCGGCUUAAAGAAAAAGAAACACGAAAAUUGAAGUUUUCUAAGUCUCACCCAAACAGCCCACGAUUUUCUAAUGACGAUAUCUCAGCAAUUAAUGGUUCAAUUUUCAAUGUUAAUACAUGAAACAUUCGUGAAAUUUUCCGAUCUUUUCGAAAAAAAUAUUUUGAAAAUUUAUAAAUCAAGACUAACAUUUCAAAUGGGCAUAAUAUUCAAUGUUUGGCCCUUUUAAAAUGUUAGUCUUGAUUUAAUUUUUUUCAAAAUAUUUUUUUCGAAAAGAUCGGAAAAUUUCAUGAAUGUUUUAUGUAUUAACAUUGAAAAUUGAACCAUUAGUUGCUGAGAUAUCGUCAUUAGAAAAUCGUGGGCUGUUUGGGUGAGACUUAGAAAACUUCAAUUUUCGUGUUUCUUUUUCUUUAAGCCGCUGUAUCUCAACAACCAGAGGUCCAAUCUUCGGUGUCUCUUAGACAAUUUUAUAGCAAAUUUUCUGAACUUUUCAAAAAAAAUAUUUUUAGAAAUGGUCACUAAUGGUCACUAUUUUUAAAAAUCGAAAAACUGCAAAUAUUUCGCUGAAAUCAAACUUUCGGUGGCUAUAUCUUGAAAACGGGGCUCUUUAUCAAAAAAUCUGUAAAGUAAUUUUCGAUUGCAAAUUCAAUUUUGCAUAAAAAAAUGAGGUCAAAAAAAUUUUAUGUAUGAAAUUUCGAUUUUUUCCAAAAAUCACAAGUUUUUCAAAAAUUAUAACUCGGCGGCAGAUUUUUUGACCAUGUUUCUCUAUAGCUCAAAAGUUGCGGAUUUUUGUCCCCUAAAACUUAUCAAAAAAUCUCGAAAAUCAAAAAAUACGUAUUUUGGGAAUUUGAGUUUUUGUAAAAAAAAAAGUUAAUAAAAAAAUCGGGAAAUUUUUUUUUCCGUGUACCUAUUUUUUUCUAAAUAGUCCUUAACAAUACCUACAACUUUGCCGAAGACACCAAAUUGAUCAAAAAAUUCCUUCAAAAGUUACAGAUUUUCGAAUAUUUACGUACCAUUUUUGUAUGAACAGCUGCCAAAUUUUUAUGGAAAUUUAAAUGGACAAACUAAUGAUGCAAAAUGGCUUCUUUGGUCAUAGGGAAGGCCCCCACAAAGUUUGAGCCAAAUCAAAAAAUACAAAAAAUAAAAAUGGUCGAAAUCGGCCGGUUUUGUAGAGAAUUGCUCAGGUGCGAGUGUGUCAAUCGAUAAAUAUACACAGCGUCGGUUUUUA